AUGGAUGCCGUUCUCUCUGCCGGGGUGUCCAAUGGGAAGGGUGGAUCCGGGCCGUCUCUCCCAGGUCCCACCUCAGCUCUCAGCAUGCUGGCCUAUGGAGACUCGGUUGGCAUGACCUCAAAAGGUUCACAAAGGAACCGAAGAGUUGUUUCUCUAUUCUGCUGGAGCGUCUCUGUAGCGCUGAGUCAUGGCGGCAAAAUGUCCAGUGAUCGAGCUUUGAGGAAACAGCAACAGUUAAACAACCUUGUUUAUGUGGUGAUAAAACAGGCCAAACCUGGUGACAGAAUUGUGGAUUUCUGCAGUGGCGGGGGCCAUGUUGGAAUUGUUCUUGCUCACAUAUUGCCAUCCUGCCAGGUUAUAUUAAUAGAAAACAAGGAAUUAUCAUUAAUUCGUGCUAAGAAGAGAAGUGAUGAUCUAGGUUUAAGCAACAUUUGGUUCAUCCAAGCCAACAUGGAGUAUUUUACAGGGAUGUUUAAUAUUGGGGUGGCGUUGCAUGCUUGUGGAGUGGCAACAGACAUGGUGAUUGAGCACUGCAUCAAAACACGGGCUUCCUUUGUCACAUGCCCUUGCUGUUAUGGUUUCAUUCAGAACACCUCAAAGUUUAAUUUUCCAAAAAGUGAACAAUUCAAGAAAACUUUAUCAUACAAGGAACAUAUGAUUCUUUGCCGAUUUGCAGAUCAGACAGCUGUCCAGCUUCCACCCCAAAGAAGGCUCAUAGGAAAACAGUGCAUGUGCCUGGUGGAUCUGGACCGAGCAAGAGCUGCAGAAGAACAUGGUUAUUCUGUUCAAGUGAUAUCCAUGGAGCCAGAGAGCUGCUCUCCCAAAAACAACAUGAUAGUGGGAGUCCCCACUUAGAUUGAGAUGUUUACAUUUGAUAUUUUGCCAUUGGCUCCAUGAUGAAAGCCCAGUGGCAUUCAGGAGGUUCCAUUCAAGAGGUUCUUGGCAUAAGUAGGAAACAGCAUUAGCCAUCCUGAGCCUAUUGUGCUCAGGAAGGAAAGCAAUAGGAAAAUCUUGGAAGAAAGGCUGCCUGCAAAGCAUCACAAA